AUGCCGGCGGACACCCCCGAGAAGCCGAGCGCCUCGCCGCUGGCCGGAGCGCAGGCCAGCGCCAGCCCGACCCCAGAUAAACCCCGCAGCGCGGCGGAGCACCAGAAGGUGGGUGGGUUCCCGCCAGGCGUGGGGGGUUCGGUUGGGGGAGGGGCGGCCGAACCCGGGACUCAGCCGCUGCCCGACCCGCAGUCCUCCAAGCCGAUCCUGGAGAAGCGGCGCCGAGCGCGCAUCAACCAGAGCCUUGCUCAGCUCCAGACCCUCAUCCUGGACGCGGUCAGGAAGGAUAGCUCCCGCCGUUCGAAGCUGGAGAAGGCCGACAUCCUGGAGACGACGGUGAUACAUCUGCAAAACCUGCGUCGCUUUCGGGUGACAGCCGCACUCAGCUCGGACCCCGCUGUCCUGGGCAAGUACCGUGCAGGCUUCAACGAAUGCCUGGCCGAGGUGACCCGCUUCCUGGCUGGCUGCGAGGGUGUCCCAGCCGAAGUUCGCUCCCGCUUACUCGGCCACCUGGCAGCCUGCCUGCUCCAGCUGGGGUCUUCGCGCCGCUCGGCCUCGCUGCCCGCCGCUGCAGACGAACCGGAGUUCGAGGUCUACGCUGGCCGCCCGCUGCGGCGCUCGUUCGACGGCCCYUUUCCCCGGCUGCGCCCAGGGGCCGCGUUCGCGCCGCUCCUGCCACCUAGGCUGACCCUGGAGCCUCCCGCCGCCCCCAGGAUGGGGUCUCCAGGCCGGAGCGGACCCUGGAGGCCGUGGCUACAGUGA